AUGAGUCGGCUGCUUGCGCGCGCACUCAACCGCCCUGGCUCUGGCGCUGGCUCUGGCUCGGAUGGCUCGUCGGAAGGCUCAGGCGGUGGUGAGGACAACGAGAUGAGCAGCCAGACGCUCCUCACACGCCGACAGCAGCUGCAAUCCCAGCAGUCCCAGCAGUCCCAGCACUCUCAUCAAUCCUACCAACUGGCUCAGGCACAGUCGCAGUCGCAGUCGCAGGCACAGUCGCCGUCGCAGUCGGGCAACCACGCGCACCUCCGCCAGAUUCACCCGCAGGCAGCGACGUCCGCACUGACUGUGCCGUCGUCAUCGACGCUGCAGAGUGGCCGCUGGAGUGGUGGCUCGGGCUCGUCCCAUUCCGCGUCGCACCGAGGCGGCAGCAGCGGCGGCGGCGGCGGCUUCAGCAUGACUUCGAGCGGGAACUCGUUCUCAAUGUCGAGCCGCCGCGCUGCCGACAACGAUCCCGUCGGACUCGUCUUUGCACCUGCUGGCGUCGCUGAAUGGGAAUGGGCAGGCAAGGGCAUUGUCGAGAUCGUCCACACGGAUCGCUGCCCAAGCCUCAAUUUCGCCCUGCCGGCAACAGGCAACGCGCCGGGUGCAGCUCUUCCAGGUACCACGACGACUACUACUACUACUACUACUACUGCUGCUGCUGCUGCUGCAAGGUCAGGCCAGUCGGAAGGAGUUAUCGCAGACGGAGCUCGACAGGAACCUCCCGUGCUGCAAGAGCAGCAGAGCAUCAACGUCAAUCUCUUGCGUGGCGUCGAGCGACUUGGCUGGAAGAUCAAGUACCCACCCGUGUACUCUGGUGGUAUCGAGUCGACCAAGCACUACUUUGCCGACGGCGGCGACGACGACGACGAGAUUGACCUCGACGGCGACGACGACACCACGGCGGCCGAGCGAGGGAUGCAGCCACAGCAGCCCUCCAUCAAGCGUUCUGGACACGCUCAUGGUGGGAAGGAGUCGCUCCUCGGCCAGUUUAUGGCCACGGCCAUCUGCGCCAAUGACAUUACCUCGUCCGUCUUGUACACGGCGGGUGUUGUCGCCUCGUACGCGGGCUAUCUGGCGCCUAUCUGUCUGCUGCUUGUCGUGCUGCUGCUCCACCUCUUCCGUCGCGUCUAUGUUGAAGUCGUCACCGCCCUUCCCCUGAACGGCGGCACGUACACGGCCAUUCUCAACACGGGCCCCAAAUCCGCGGCCGUCUUUGCUGGCUGCCUGUCCUUUUUGUCGUACGUCGCCACGGCAGUCGUCAGUGGCACCAACGCGAUUCAGUACCUGCAAGUUUUAUGGACGGAUUUGGAUGGGCACAUUGCCACCAUCCUGCUGUUUGUCCUGUUCGCCGCGCUCAUGCUGUUUGGCGUGACGGAAAGUGCCAAGGUUGCCUUUGCCAUUUGCUCCGUGCACAUGCUCACGUUGGCGACCUUGUGCAUGUGCGCCCUCGUCUCGGCGUUCCGCUCCAACUGGUCGGUUUUGGCCGACAACUUUGAGCGCGCCCCUCCGUCAAACAUUCCACUGGCCCUGUUCUACGGCUUCAGCUCGGCCAUGCUCGGUAUCAGUGGAUUUGAAUCGUCCUCGAACUUUGUCGAGCAGCAAAAGCCGGGCGUGUUUGCCAAGACGCUCCGCAACAUGUGGCUCAUGGUCGCCAUCAUCAACCCUGUUGUUUCCCUGCUGUCGUUUUCUGUCUUGCCCCCGAGCGUGCUCUAUCCCAACAACGGCACCGUCUACAACGAGGCCGCUGCCAAAGCACUGCUCGCAACCAUGGCCGACCAGAUGGAGGACGAGCUGAACGGCGCCUGGCUCAAGCGCAUGAUUGUUGUGGACGCGGUUUUGGUGCUUUCGGGCGCCGUCCUUACCUCCUUUGUUGGCGUCAUUGGUCUCUUUUUGCGCAUGUCCGCCGAUCGUUGCUUACCCGGCGUUUUCCUCAAGCGGCUUCCGUACACACAAGCCAACUAUGUCAUCAUCCUGUUUUUCUUGUUGGUGUGCUCUUCCCUGUUCCUAAUUGCCAAUGGCGAGCUUCAGGCGAUCGGCGGCGUCUAUACGGUCGCGUUCUUGUCCGUUAUGGCCCUGUUCGGGUGCAGCAAUCUUGCUCUGAAAAACACCCGAAGCACCCUCAAAUCCGAGGCGCACGCGCCGCUCGUGGGUGUCAUCACGGCCAUUGUCGGCGUCAUCGUUGCGUGGAUUGGCAACGUCGUUCUGGACUCGCAAAUUCUCCUGUACUUUUUCAUGUACUUUGUGGGAUUUUUGGCCAUCGCUCUUUCCAUGUUCUUCCGGUCUGCAGCGAUUCGCACCUUGCUCCACGCGAUCAAGGAUCGAACGAAUGCCAGCGCGCGUGUGGCCCGCUUUCAAAAGUGGCUCGUGCAGCUGCUCCACGACAUUGAGCGUGAGCCCGUCAUUUUCUUCUCCAAGCACGGCGAUCUCGUUUCUCUCAACCGCGCGAUUCAGUACGUCGAAGACAACGAGCAGACCCGCAUCGUCAAGGUUGUCCACUUCUUUGAGUCGCCCCGAGACAUUCCAGAGGAGCUGUUUGAGAAUAUUGCCAUGCUCGAUCGGUGCUACCCGGCGAUUCGGAUUGAUGCCAUGCUUGUGACGGGUCCCUUCCGGCCCGAGAUGAUUGCUUUUGUCGCCGACCGUACGCAAAUCCCGCCAAAUCGCUGCUUUAUUGGCUGCCCAUCACCCAGGAUGACGUACAACAUUCGAGAGCUGGGUGGCCUUCGCAUCAUUGUUCCCCACCUCGAUCGCACGUACGCUCGGCUUGUUCGUCUGUGGCGCGAGCACCUCCAGCUUCCCGCCCCCGAUGAGCAGCGUGCGCUACCCGCCGGCAAUGUCGGUCUUGGACCGUCUGGUCCCGCCCGCAAGCAGCAGGACACCCCGGCUGCUGCUGCUGCCGCUGUUGCGAAGGUGUCCGCACCAGAGACCGACGGACCUCUGUUACUUGGUCUGGGCGCUGACGCGCGAUCGGAUCUUUCGUCCCAACCGCAUCAAGGGCGAGACGCGCAAUUCCAGCAGCAACAGCAGCAACAGCAGCCGCCACAACAACAACAGCAGCAGAUGGGCGCCAGUUUCCAGGAGCAAAUCCAUGGCUUCGCACCAGUCGCACCAACUGCACUGUUCUCACUUGCGCACCAGACUCCCCAGUCACUGUCCGCUCCUCCUCAGCCGACAUCGUCCCACCCCAUCGCCGACUUUGGUGCCUCGUUCGCUGUGCCACCCAACCAGCACCAUCAGGCCAUGGCAAAGCCCGGCGCCGAGCAGCAAGCGAUCGCCCAGCCCGUUUACAGCCAAGGACCGCAGCUCGCACGAGAGGAUGAUCAUCACAAUUAUCACUAUCAGCAACCGCGGCACCAGCCAGCCAGUAUUUUCGAAGUCUUUGGAGUUCGCUCCUUGCCUCAUUCCGGCGUUUCGUUGACCUUUUCGAGCCCAGCAAAGGCAGCCGCACCUGUGACCCCGUCAGUGCCAGCCCCAGUCGUCGCGUCAGAACCAACUUCUGCAGCUCGCUCGCCGCCAGCAGCCCCGACGGCUUCGGCAACCCGCUCUGCUUCUGCUUCCGACGACUCCCCGCCCAAGGCAUCCUUGUCUCGAAACCAGAGCAGGCACGUCUUUUCUGUUCAAGCCGUCGAUACGAUGGACGAUGAUUCUGCUGCUCCCUUGGUGGACUUGAGUGUCGCAGCUCCUUCCCGAGAGGCAGAAGAGCAAGGAGGGAAAGCUGGUGCGACAACGCGCCGUUUUGAGGUUGCGGCGGCCACGGAAACGGUGGCACCGACGACUGUCUCGGCAUCUGACGAAACUUCCAAGCGCUCUCAGGUGGUUGAAGCCAGGACUGAGCCUGCUUCCACCACGGAGCCAUUGCGUGAGCAGAGCGCCGAUGCUGGACCCGUCGGCGAUGCAUCCGCCGCUCCGCACAGCCUGGCUGUCUCUGGCGUUGUUGAAAACGAGGAAGUCUUGUAA